AUGGAGUUUUGGUUGGAUUUCAGGAUUCUGUCUGCUACAUAUUCAAUGGCUUUGGAGAGUUUCAGUUCUUCAAUGACAGCAGAUAUGACAGGGAUCAAUGGUGGUAAUCCGAGAAGAAACUCGUUAGCCGGGUCGACAAACACCAGAGAAAGGGCUCCGUCUCUCUAUCGGAGAGCUUCUAUCGGUACUUACCACGAUUUCUGCAAACCUGGGAAGGAACACGAUGAACCUGAAGAGAAGGUUAGGCUUCCUUUUCCAAAGAGAAUUAUAAAGAAGCCGUCGGAUGAGCCGAGUUUGUUCGGGAGCUCAGACUCGCCGCAGCGGAAGAAGACAACACCGAUUAGGACCAGAUCUCUCCCCUCUAAGGUCACCGAGCUUCGGACAUCGACCGACUUGCCGGACGGAAAUAAGCCUAUCGUAAAAGAAAAGGCAUCAGUUGCGAAGCUCAAGUCCAAAUAUGCUCCCAAUUCCGGAAGUCAUUCCUGUGAUACCUCUGAUGUUAUUAACCCUGAGGUGCCUACGAACUCUUCGAAUAAAAACAAAUUUUCGACCAAGUUGAAAUCCGACUUAUCCGAUGCCGGUAAAGUCAUGCCGCAGGACGGAUCAUCGCGUUCCGGGAGAGUACAAGUCCCUUCAAAGAAAGUUCCAUCAAAGGCUAAUGAGGAAAGCCUUUUGAAACGCCCUGCAACUUCUUCGAAGCCAAAAGCUCGGGCCGAAAAGCUUCUUCCUGCCGUUCCAUCCGACGUUAUAAGCGCCCGGAGACAGGGCGGAACCGGUGACACGAAGAAGGGGAAAACAACUGCAACUUCCAAAGUAACCUUAGAGGAUCUUUCUGCUUCACGAAGAGCUCCGUUGUCCCGAAGAGCUUCUCUUUCAGGGAAGAACAGGAACUUAAAAGUAGUGCUUCCACAGAAGAGUCGGAACGAGCUCGAAAACGAUAAAACCGAGCAGCAAAUUCUCGAUGAACACGUCGGAAGCAACACCGACACCAUCAACGAGAAAACGCUGUAUGUUAUCAAAUUGGAGACGGAAAAUGUAAUGUUGGAAUCAGAUAAAAAUGAGAACUGUGCUGCUGAAGUGUCCCCAAACGUUCAAGAUGAGCCCGAGUCUACCGCGACCGAAGCCAAACACGACUCGGACUCCGCAUUCAACAAUGCAGUACACAUGGAAGAAACAGACACUUCCGACGAUAGCCAACCGGUGAGAUUAUCGUUCCGGAGAGGGACGAUCAUCGACAUCGAGCCGGACGAUCAUUGUCCGAUGCAGCUCAAGUUCAGGCAAGGAAGCGUCGAAUGUGACACAAAUGAUGGACCGAUUGACGAAAAGGUUGUUUUAAGGCACCACGACGUGCCGGGGAAGCAAGACGGACAGGGUCUGUUCAAUAACAUCAUCGAAGAAGCCGUGAAUAAGCUCGUCGGAGCCCGGAAAAGUAAGGUGAAGGCGUUGGUCGGUGCGUUCGAAACCGUGAUCAACCUCCAAGACACGAAGCCGUCGUCGAACGGCGUCUAG